UGCAGAUCCCAGGGAGAGCUCUCCAGCGUGGCCAGCAUGGCCUCUGAAGACAUUGCCAAGCUGGCAGAGACACUGGCCAAGACCCAGGUGGCCGAGGGACAGCUGAGUUUCAAGGGCAAGAGCCUCAAACUCAACACUGCGGAGGAUGCGAAAGACGUGAUUAAAGAAAUUGAAGACUUUGAUGGCUUAGAGGCUCUGCGCCUGGAGGGCAACACUGUGGGUGUGGAAGCAGCCAAGGUCAUUGCCAAGGCCUUGGAAAAGAAACCAGCGUUGAAGCGAUGCCACUGGAGCGACAUGUUCACGGGGAGGCUGAGGUCCGAGAUCCCGCCGGCCCUGAUCUCUCUCGGGGAAGGCCUCAUCACAGCUGGGGCGCAGCUGGUGGAGCUGGACCUGAGUGACAAUGCCUUCGGACCUGAUGGUGUGCGUGGCUUCGAGGCCCUGCUCAAGAGCUCCACCUGUUUCACCCUGCGGGAGCUCAGACUCAACAACUGUGGCAUGGGCAUCGGUGGCGGCAAGAUCCUGGCAGCAGCUCUGACCGAGUGUCACCGCAAGUCUAGCGCCCACGGCAAGCCGCUGACCCUGAAGGUCUUCGUGGCUGGCAGGAACCGCCUGGAGAACGAUGGAGCCACUGCUCUGGCGGAUGCUUUUGGGAUCAUUGGGACCCUGGAGGAGGUCCACAUGCCACAGAACGGGAUCAACCACCCUGGAGUCACAGCCCUGGCCCAGGCUUUCGCCAUCAACCCCCUGCUGCGGGUCAUCAACCUCAAUGACAACACCUUCACAGAGAAGGGGGCCGUGGCCAUGGCCGAGACCCUGAAGAUCCUGCGUCAGGUGGAGGUGAUCAACUUCGGGGACUGCCUGGUGCGUUCCAAGGGUGCAGUGGCCAUCGCCGACGCCGUGCGUGGGGGCCUGCCCAGGCUCAAGGAGCUGAAUCUGUCCUUCUGUGAGAUCAAGAGAGAGGCUGCGCUGGCCGUUGCCGAGGCCGUGGCAGACAAGGCCGAGCUGGAGAAGCUGGACCUCAACGGCAACGCCCUGGGGGAAGAAGGCUGUGAGCAGCUUCAGGAGGUUCUGGAGGGCUUCAGCAUGGCCAAGGUGCUGGCGUCGCUCAGUGAUGACGAAGGUGAUGAUGAUGACGACGAAGAGGACGAUGGAGAAGACGAGGAGGAAGAGGAGGAGGAAGAGGAGGAAGAAGAGGAGGAGGAGGAGGAGCCACAGCAGCAGGAACAAGCAGCGGAGUCGCCCACCCCCUCCAGGAAGAUUCUGGACUCUGAUGGUGGGGAGCCAGCACCCGUCCUGUCCUCCCCGCUGCCCUCAGAUGUCUCCACCUUCCUCGCCUUUCCCUCCGCGGACAAGCUGCUGCGCCUGGGACCCAAGAGCUCUGUGCUUAUAGCCCAGCAGAUUGACACGUCUGACCCAGAGAAAGUGGUCUGUGCCUUCCUCAAGGUGUCUUCUGUGUUCAAGGACGAGGCCGCGGUGAGGACUGCUGUGCAGGACGCAGUAGACGCCUUGAUGAAGAAAGCCUUCAGCUCCUCCUCCUUCAACUCCAACGUCUUCCUCACCAGGCUCCUUAUCCACAUGGGUCUGCUCAAGAGUGAAGACAAGGUCAAGGCCAUUGCCAAUCUGUAUGGCCCCCUGAUGGCUCUGAACCACAUGGUGCAGCAGGACUACUUCCCCAAGGCCCUGGCUCCCCUGCUGCUGGCAUUCGUGACCAAGCCCAAUGGCGCCCUGGAAGCCUGCUCCUUUGCCCGCCACAACCUGCUGCAGACGCUGUACAAGGUCUAG